GAUCUCGCUGCCAGCAGCGGGUGAAACGGGUCGAAGACACCGCUGAAUCCACGGAGUGAAUGUGUCCAAGAUCCAACCUAGAACUAAGUUCACCGAGGAGUAAAACCGUGGAGACAGCGGGUCCAACAGACUGGAGGAAGCUGUGGAGAAACAUCGGGUCUUUUUGAAGGAAUAAUCUCAGAUUACGAAGAGGAGCUGUCGAGUUGGAGAGAAAAUGAGCGCAGUGUUUCCUGCAGAUGUUCAGCAGACUCUGCUGAUCAGACCGGAUGCUCCUGAGGAAUGGAGGCCUGAUGUGGACCAGCAGGACCCAGAACACCUCUACAUAAAGGAGGAAGAGGAGGAACUCUGGACCAGAUUGGAGGGAGAGCAGCUCAGUAUGAAGGAGGAGACUGAUGCCAGCAGGUUUUUGUUUACUGCAGUUCAUUUGAAGACCGAGGAUGAUGAAGAGAAGCCUCUGUUCUCACAUAUUCAUCAGCAGAAUCCAGAGCCCCUCCAUAUAAAGGAGGAAGAGGAGGAACUCUGGACCAGAUUAGAGGGAGAGCAGCUCAAUGUGAAGGAGGAGACUGAUGCCAGCAGGUUUUCAUUCACCACAGUUUAUCUGAAGAGUGAGGAUGAUGAAGAGAAGCCUCAGUUCUCACUUCAUCAGCAUCAAAUGGAGGACAGAGAUGUUCCAACCAGCAGCUCAGCUGACCAGGUGAAAGUAGAAGCUGAUGGAGAGGACUGUGGAGGAGCAGAAACCAGCAGGAACCCAGAUCUAAAUCCUCAUGGAGAUGCUUCUAGCUCUUCAGAGUCUGAAGUCAGUGAGGAUGAUGAAGAGGACGAGGAUGGGAACAAUCCCGACUCUCAGCUGGAACACUUUUCAGACUCUGGGUCAACAAAUGAAGACAGUGACAAAGACUGGAAGGAGAGCAGAGCUCCUGAUUCAGCUGUAAACUCUGUCAACAAAUGUUUCAGCUGCUCUGAGUGUGGUAAACAAUUUCUACACAACCAAUCACUUCAGAGACACAUGACAUGUCAUUCAACAGGAAGACAUUCAAGUUGUUUGGGUCAGAAGAAAAGUGUAGAGAGACACAGGAAAAUCCAGACAGGACCAAAAUCAUUUAGCUGUGAUGAAUGUGAUAAAAGGUUUAACAGUAAAAUAAAUUUAACAACACACAUGAGAGUCCACACAGGACAAAAACCUUAUGAAUGUCAGAAUUGUGGACAGAGAUUUAGCCAGAUGUCAAGUUUAAACACUCACAUGACAAUCCACACAGGAGCAAAACCAUAUGAAUGUAAGAUUUGUGGACAAAGAUUUAGCUAUAAACACCGUUUAAAGGGACAUAUGUAUCUCCAUACAGGACAGAAGCCAUUUAAAUGUAAGAUUUGCGGACGUCAAACUCGCCAGAAGUCAAAUUUAAACUCGCACAUGAGAGUCCAUACAGGACAGCAACCUUAUAAAUGUCAGAAUUGUGGACAAAGAUUUAGCCAGAAGUCAAAUUUAAACUCGCACAUGAGAGUCCACACUGGACAGAAACCUUAUGAAUGCCAGAAUUGUGGACAGAGAUUUGGCCAUAAGUCAAGUUUAACCUCGCAUAUGAGAGUCCACACUGGACAGAAACCUUAUGAAUGCCAGAAUUGUGGACGGAGAUUUGGCCAUAAGUCAAGUUUAAACUCGCAUAUGAAAAUCCACACAAGAGCAAAACCAUAUGAAUGUGAGUUUUGUGGACAAGGAUUUAGGCAGACAACAGAUUUAAACUUUCACAUGAGAGUCCAUUCUGGACAGAAACUACUUAAAUGUGAGCUCUGUGGACAAAGAUUCAGCCAUGAGAUAACUUUAAACUUACACAUGACUGUCCACACAGGACAGAUACCGUUUGAAUUUGAGGAUUGUUGACAAAGAUUUAACCGUUUAGAUAUUUAAA